UUUUUGCUUGCCGGAAUCGCAUGAUGAUAUCUCGAGUCUCGAUAGAGAUGGUUCUUCGGGGGUCUGCUCAGCUCUUUCACCGAUAAUGGCCAUUCGCAUUGCAUCCAUUCCAUGGUUUCCCUGGAUAAACAAAUUUCGAUUCUUCAUUCAAUUCUCCAUUCAAUUCUUCCCUCGUACCCCAACACACGCCCUCAAAGCCGCUCCAUCGUCACAUCCAUACAAACGUUCACUCAGCCAAAAGAACCCAGCCUUCCCACGCCUUCGCAGAUACCUCAAUGUUUAAUGGCAACACGACGAAGAUUUCCCCAUUGCUUCCGCACCUAUGUUUCUUUCGCCCUGAUACUCGUACUCGAUACCCCGUUACUUUCACCUCGGUCUUGCUUUCCUCCUGGUCGUCUCGGUUUUUUUUUUCAUCCAUCUCAGUACCCGUGCACGCCCUUUCCUUUCCCUUCCUUUCCUGUUCUUUCCUUUCCUUCGGUUGAUUUCUCCCCGCCACACAUACGUCCAAUAGCGAAUCCGCACACCUUCACUCAACUCGUCAACACCUUGCUAUUCAGCCAGCUAGCUGUCUCUCUUCGGAUUCGCUGUCGCUCGUACAUCCCAAAUAACGGUAACGGGAGGCAUUGGCGUGGAAGCCCUUGAGGAUACGAUAGGCUGGCUGGCUAUGUUUCUUUCCUGGUUUUUCGACGCCCGUUGAUGAGAUUUCUUCUAUGCUUGGUGCAGUUUCAUGCUUGAUCGCUAGUUAGUUAGGCGUGUAAAUGAAAACCUUCCCUCACUGAAAUUAAAAGAAAAAGAAAGGAAGAGGGGUUGAGAAAUAUGCGAAUUUCGCGAUGUGCAUCU